AUGGGAAUUUGCGCUAGCUAAACUAAGAAUUAAGUACCUGCUUAUGAGCACCAGAAGGAGAAUACAAACCAUUCAUUUUUGAUACAACAAUCUUUCCUUUAAAGCAAAUAUAAACUUUUUAUAAGUAAACAAAUACAAUUGCUAAUCAGAUUCUUCUCUAACACACUAACAACAUUUAUACUUUGACAAAUUAUGAUCAAGCUCUUGAAAAAAUGUAUAACAUUAAUCACUAAUAAGGCAAAAAAAAUAAUUAUCUACUCUUGAGGAUACAAAAUUUUCUCCUAAUUGGAGAAGCCUUUCAUUAGAUCCUUAUUUUAAGAAAGUAUGAAACUUUUUUUUGAAAAGACCUGAACAAUUUUUAUAAAGAGGAUAAAUUAGAUUGUUUUGAUGUAAAAUAUGUUCAUAUUAUCAUUAGACAUUCAAUCCUGUUGAUAUCAAAUAAGGUGAGCUAGGAGAUUGUUAUUUUUUAAGUUCAUCGAAUAUAUUGGCUGAAGUACAUUAAUAAAUAUAAAAAUUAUUCAGACAUUAAGAAUAUUAAUCAAAUGGUAUAUAUUCCAUGUCAUAUGUAGGGAGGUCCAAUAUUUUCAAGAGCCAAUGGAAAUAACCUUUGAUGGUACUUUUAGAAAAAGUUUAUGCGAAAAUAUAUGGAUCUUACCAUAAAAUAGAAUCAGGUUUGGCAAGUUAUGCAUUAAAGGAUUUAACUGGAGCACCAAGUGAAUUAUUUAUGAGAUUAGGGGAAAUGAUGAAAAUGGCUGAUUAAUGUUGGGAUUUCAUUGAGAAAAAUAAUAAAUUAAAAUACAUAUUGGCAGUAUCUUCAGAAAUAACUAAUUAAUAAAUUGAAAAAGAUAAUGGAAAUAGAAUAGUAUCUUAGCAUAGCUUUAAAAUUUUAGAUGCCUAAAGAGUUAUUGGGAGUGAUGGACACUAAGAUAGAAUUAUUAAGAUGAAAAAUGUAAAAAUAUAUAAUAAAUUUGUAUAGUUUUAGGGUAGAAAUAAUAUGACAAGAGACUGGAGUUAUAAUUCUGAGAAAUGGACAGAUGAAUUAAAAUAGAGAUUGCAAUUUUCUUAUUAAGAUAAUGGAGAUUUCUGGAUGAGUGUUAAAGAUUUUAUGACUGAGUUCGGUUAAGUUUGUGUUUGCAAAUUUAAACCAGAUUAUUUAUACAAAGCCAUACCUCAUUAGGUUGAAAAAUCAGACAUUAUUACUACAUAGGUGAUAUUAAUGAGAGUUUAUGAGCAAUCUCAUGCAUUUAUUUCUUUAACUCAAUAAGAUAAGCGCUUUUUCUAAAAAGGUCAUUAAUACUUUUGGCUAGAUUGAUAAUAGGAUAAUUAGACUAUAGUA